GCUCGGGAUGUCGGGCUGCCUGCUGGUGACGUAGCGCCGCUCGCGCCGCGGGAAGGGCUGCGCCAGAGCUCCGGGGCCCUCCGCCGUUUCCUUCCCCGGUCCGGAGCCGGGGCCGGGCCCCGCGUCUCCCCCCGCCAUGGGCGCCGGCGCGGUGGCGGCAGCGAGCAGGGCACGGCGCGGAGCCGGGGCCGCCGCCGCUGGGCAUGUGCCAGGCUGGGCCGCCGCGUGAGCAGCCCGGGAGCCGUACCUUUGUCCGCCCGCCCGCCCCGCGGCAGCGCGAAGCGUUUUUAAAUUUCCUCUCUCUCGCCGUUUCGUCCGUUGCUUCGCCGCCGCUCCCCUGGGCGAGCCGGCCAUGAGCAGCAGCCCCGCGGCCCGGAGCGGCGGGCGGCCCGGAGAGCGCUGAAGGAGCGGGGUGCAGCGGGCGCACUAUGGCCGGCAGCGGCUACACGGACCUGCGGGAGAAGCUGAAGUCCAUGAUGCCUUACCGGGACGGCUCCAAAGGGCCCCGGGAGCCUCCCGAGCCCCCCUACGAGCGUAAGCGGCGGUACCACGAGGACUCCGGUUCGGAUCCCAGCGAUUAUGAGGAGCAGAGGGAGGAGGAAGAAGCCCGGAAAGUGAAAAGCGGCAUUCGUCAGCUUCGCCUCUUCAGCGCCGAGGAGUGUGCCAAGAUCGAAGCUCGCAUUGACGACGUGGUGUCCAGGGCUGAGAAAGGGCUCUACAAAGAGCACACGGUGGAUCGAGCCCCGCUGCGGAACAAGUAUUUUUUUGGGGAGGGUUACACCUAUGGGUCUCAGCUGCAGAGGAGAGGCCCUGGGCAGGAGCGCCUGUACCCGCGUGGGGAGGUGGAUGCCAUUCCCGAGUGGGUGCACGACCUGGUGAUCAGGAAGCUGGUGGAGCACCGGGUGAUCCCCGAGGGCUUUGUGAACAGUGCUGUGAUCAACGACUAUCAGCCCGGGGGCUGCAUUGUCUCCCACGUGGACCCCAUCCAUAUCUUCGAGCGGCCCAUCGUCUCCGUGUCGUUCUUCAGCGAUUCUGCGCUCUGCUUCGGGUGUAAGUUCCAGUUCAAACCCAUCCGGGUGUCGGAGCCCGUGCUGUUCCUGCCGGUGAAGAGAGGAAGCGUCACGGUGCUCAGUGGAUACGCAGCCGAUGAAAUUACACACUGUAUUCGACCACAGGACAUCAAGGAGAGAAGAGCUGUCAUCAUUCUUCGAAAAACAAGACUAGAUGCCCCUCGAUUGGAAACAAAAUCGCUGAGUAGCUCUGUGUUGCCACCAGGUUACACCUCUGACCGCCUGUCAGGAAGCAACAGGGACCAGAUCUUGAAACCAAAGCGGUCCCAUCGCAAAGCAGAUCCUGAUGCUGCUCACAGGCCACGGAUUCUAGAAAUGGAUAAAGAGGAGAACAGGCGCUCAGUUCUCUUACCAAAACAUAGGAGACGGAGCAACUUCAGCUCUGAGAACUAUUGGCGAAGGUCUUACGAGUACACGGAGGACUGUGACGAGGAGGAGGAGGAUGGCAGCCCGGCUAGGAAAGUUAAAAUGAGGCGACACUGAGGAAUGCACUUUCCAGGCUUGUGAAGCCGAUGAGAUUGGCCUCUAGUCUGUGAAAACUUUCUCCUCCCUCUGGCUAUUUUCCAUUUAGCUUCAGUUUUGGUUUUUUCCUUUCAGGCUGAAGAGUAAACAGGAAGGAUCUAGCGAUUUGUUUUUAUGAAUGGAGGAAUGCUGAGACGUGUGUAAGGAUGGAACAUGUCCAGUUACACGUGGUGUCCUGAGUUCUGGGUCUAAUGGGCAUCUCUACCAUAGGAAGCAGAUAACGUUAUGCCAGGCUGUCUGUUGGGAUUUCUUUGAAAACACCAAAAAGUUUAACUGUUUCAUUGCGCAAGAUUCAAGAAUUGUAUUUUGUUUUGUUGGUUUCUUUUUUCUUUUGCUUUAACUUUCUUCUUUUCCAAGUGUUCUAAAUAUGAUGUUGUUAGACCCCAGGAGCUGAAAUUCUCUGUGGUGGCCUCGUAUUUCUUGCUUCACCAAAGGGCUCCUUGGUCUGCUUAUACCUAAUUGUUGUUGGGUUGUGUUUUAAGGGUGUGCUCUGCAGUAACUGGAAGUUUGAAGCUUUGCAGACUCCUUUUGCUGCAUUGAUUACAAAGGAUUUAGGACAUUUGUGUUGCACUUUAGUACCAGUUUUAAAUGCCAUAGAUUUCCUUUCCAGUCCGUUUUCCCUAACCAGCUUGGGCUCACAGCUUUGUGUCCCUGUGCUGCCCUCUCCAAGAAGAAUGUACUUAAGCUCUGGUUUCUCAGUGCUGUUCUGACCAGUGAUCUGUUUUGGCUGAGGAUGGAGCUGCUGCUGGCUUCACUGGUGUUGGUCCAGUGCUGACUUGAGAUCUGUAUUGGAGCCUGGGAGCUGCAGAGCAAGGGACUGCAUUGAGUACGUGCUGCUUUCCAGAGCUAGAGACAGCAAAGAGGAGUGGGAGGGAGGCUGUGCUAGGGGGAACGCUUGCCUUGGGACCCCCUGAGAAGAUUUGGGAUGCUGCUGGGUACGGAGGAGCUCUGUUUUGGCCCGCAGGAUGUUCGUCAGCUACCACUGCAGCAGUUGUCUGAUGCAUUCUUGUUUCUGUGCGUAUUCUGAGGUGAGGACUCUGCUUGCCCCAGGAAGUGAUGAGAGGCGUGAGAUGUCUCACCCUGUGGAGGUAACGUUAGAAGUCUGCCUUCUUCCUCAUCUUUUCUCACCAGUUUGUGUUUUCUCUGCCUGAAAUCUGUGUUUCGCAGGUUUGGGGCCCGACACCAUAUUUAGAACCCUACUUUUAAGAGUCUUUCUCCAAUUGAUUCUUUGAACCCGAGUGUUGGCAGUUGUAAGGAGUAGUCUUAUUUUUAAAUUUUUACUGCUUUGUUCUUCCUCAAAUUGUAGUUUUUCUUAGUGUUGUGUCCCCCCCACUCUUCAUGAUCUGCACGCUUGGCAAUAAAAAGAUGUAAUAUAUUUUGAAACCCGUUUGCUGCUGUCUUGAGGAGCUACUGGUCAAAAAACGGGCACUGUUCCUUAGUGAUGACAUCUGGGUCUCAUUGUCUUUUUCCUUCCCUGCUGACUUCUGCAGCUCCCGCCACUCGUCUGUCCUUGGGCUCGCUGCUGAAGCUGGAUCCAGCAGUUACACUAGUGCAAAGGGAAUUGCUGUCACCCUCAGCACGGCACUGAGCUGCAGGAGGUUUUGUAGGUGAGGCUCCUACUGCCUGUCUUUGAUUCUCUUCAUCUGAUUGCUUUCCUGGUGAGAGCUCUCAUCGGCUCACUGUGCAGCUUUGAGAGCAGCCUCAUGGCCAGCGUUCGAAGGCACUUACCUGUCUUGUCAGAGAGAUCUGGAAGUUCAUGCAUCUGGGACUUCUGAAAGGCCAUUAUCAGUCCACACUCAGCAUUUGAGGCAGCAUUCCUCCCAUUCCUAGCUUGUGGCAGAGAAUCCAGGCCAUCUCUUGGCUACAAACCCCGUUUUGGAAAGCUUGGCGUUCCCCAACAGCAAAACAGCAUGCAGGGAGCAGCGAUCUCUUCUCCUCCUUAUGGCUGGUGUCUGCAAACAUCUCUGGCAAGCUAGAAACCUGCUAGUGGGAUGCCUGGGGUGGCUGUUCCUAAUUCUGGUUUUGCUCUGGACAUGCCCCAUUCCCUCCAAGGGCAUUAGGCUGUGCUGCUUUGUGCUGCUGGCAGUAGCAGUGCAGAGCCACCUGUUCUCCCUUGCUGGAGGUCUCUGCUCUGCACAGCCUGCUCUCCCCCUCUCCCAAUUUUAUGCCUACCUCUGCAAUAUGGAUACUAUACUCUGGUGUCUCAACUCACAGUGAAGGCAACCUGCCUUCCCAGGGCCGCUCCCUGAAGCAGCAGGAGCACUGUGACUCCCAUGGGACAAGAUAAUUUCCACUAAAGGCUGAACAAAGCACCCUGAGGUCUUACCUCCUCGCCUGGUACCGUCACCUCAUCCCAGUCCUUGUGCAGUCUGUACGUGUGCAGGCAUCCUGCUUGUCCCGUUGGGUUUUGUAUUCCUGCAUGCCUCCUCUGGGAGCUCUGCCCUCCUUUUCCUCAUCCCAGGUCUGUGCUGUGGGUCUGAGCUGGCAGCCAUUGCUGGAGCUGCUCUCCUGCCGCCCUCUGCUUCGUUGUGCUUUUAGUUUUCGAGCUGACUGCUUGGGCCUUGACACCUUGGCAAGAGUGGGACACAACCGAUCUGACCCAUAGGAUCUCUUGGGCAAGAGUCCCCAGCGUGCAGGCAGGCCAUCUCCCCCACUUGUACAGACAUUUUAUAUACACACGGAUGUAUAUGUGUAGAUACAUGGUUUUUUAACUCUUUUGCACUGAACAACAUUGGGGUGAAACCUUGAUUCGAAACAAGACGACACCUUUUUCACAUGGAUCCAGAUGUCUAGAUCCCUUACUGUGACCUGUUUGGUAAAACCGUGGCUCAAAACACUGCUGAUGGUUGUACCUGUUCUCUGUUGUGGCUGUGUGAAGGCUUCAGUCAGACCAACAAUGUGAGACUGGUGUGAAGAUGGGCUCAUGUGCAGGCCUGACCAGGUCGGCUUCUUUGUCUCCAGUAGUUCAGCCAUGCAGUCCUAACUCCUCUCCAUCCACCUGCAGCGUGCUGUGUAACCUGCUCACCCGUCCUGGAGCAUGAGGCUGUGUAUGAUGUGAUGACCCCACGAGCACUCAGACCCACAGCCCAGACCAUGAGAACUGUCUUUCCUAAGGAAGGGGGAGGUAGAUGGAAGUUGUCCCUGCUUUUCUGCCAAGGGAGGAAUUUGGGUUUGCUGCCCUUACCUGCAUGUUGAGAAGAUUCGGCGAUCCAACCAAGGCUCUUGUGAUGGCUGUGUAGGCUCCACUCGUCCUCUGGAAGAAAACCCAGGGCUGUCUGCCAGCAGUGAGAGGUGAGCUGGCCCAGGGAGGGGCUGUCAGCCCUGUGAGCUGUGGUGGAGGCUGCCAGCUGUGAUUUCCACCUCCCUGCAGCGUGCAGGGAAGCCCCAGUUUCCACAUUUAGCCCUGAACUCAGGGCUGAGACACCAUCAGCCACUCAUGCUGGUUUCAGAGAUGUCCCAACCCAAACCCGUGGUUGGGAAUGGACUGGAGGGGGGCUCAGAACAUGGCCAUGGGGUCUGGCUCCCCAUCCAGUGGCAAGUUGUCUUUUGUCUGCCAAUCGCCCUCCUUUUCCUGGCGAGGAGGAGAAAUGCUGAGCCGAGAACCACAUCUCUGCUCCUUCCUGCCCCCCCUGCCCACACUUAGAAGUUCUGGCUGACUUUAAUUUUGUUUUAUAAGAUUCUAAUUUUUUUUGUUACAAAUAAUAAUAAUUAAAAAAAAAAAGAAUAAAAAAUAAAAAAGAAAGUGGCAAUAUUUUUUUCUGUAAGCUUUUCCUAGGAAAAAGCGUGGUUUGUAACAAAGUUGUACAGUUCUGAAGUUUGAGAUACGAGAAGUACUGUGUGAAACGCUGUAAAUGGGGCAGAGAUUAUUUUAUGUACAGUCUGACGCAGGGGUAUACUUUUAAUUCUGGUUGAUUCUUAGGAAGAAUUUGGUUCUUCACUGUCAGGGUUUGGAAUUUCAUGGUUUCAUUAUUAUUAUUAUUUUUUCUUGUAUAGAUUGCUGCAUUAAUUGAAUAAAAGCAGAAAGCAUC